AUGGAAGCUAUAGUAAAGAGCGCUAUACAGCAAUUUUGUGAAGAAAAUAGCAUCUUCCAAGAUUUUCAACAUGGCUUCCAGAGAGGACGUUCCUGCCUCUCAAAUCUGCUAGCUUGUCUGGAGAUCUGGACCAGGGCUCUAGAAGAGGGUUUUGAGGUCGAUGUCGUAUACAUCGAUUUCCGCAAAGCUUUUGACACUGUCCCGCACCAACGUCUUCUUCACAAAUUGAGCGCCAUCGGCAUCCGGGGAGAUCUUCUGAACUGGAUUAGGGCGUUCCUGGUUGGUCGGAAACAACGUGUCUGUGUCGGGGAUGAUAUGUCAGAAUGGGCGAAUGUGACCAGUGGUGUGCCGCAAGGCUCAGUUCUGGGACCAUUGCUCUUCAUCCUUUACGUUAACGACAGCCUUCAGGAACUCGACUGCGGCAGAAUAAUGUUUGCGGACGACGUUAAGCUCUGGCAAAUCAUUAAGGGUCCGAAUGAUCAGAGAUCCCUUCAAGAUAAUCUGCACCGACUGCAAGCGUGGUCGAAGAAAUGGCUUCUAGAUUUCAAUGUGGAGAAGUGUGCCAUCCUUCAUCUGCGUCCAGCCAACUCUCAUUCAAAUUAUAGCUUGAGAACAUAUCACCUGAAAGAUAUUAGACUCCCCGCAGAAUUUUCGCAGGAGGAUCUCGGUAUUUAG